AUGAUGUUUGAAAAGCCUAUUGAACCUGAUCGGGAUCCACCGAAUGAGAAAGAAACGCAGAUUAUCAGCCUGGAGACAAACGCGAGCCAUGUACCCGCAACUUCCGGCACUACUCUACUACCCCGGCCAGUCGCAUCACUCGUCUCGCUCCUCACUCAAUCGACUUCAUUGUCGCUGAGAGUCGGCACUUUCUUUGGUGGUGUGGCCUUGGAUGGAGCGCGGGCAACGACGUUGACGGGUCUGGAACUUGGGCGUGCAGUGAUCGAAGGUAUUCUAACAAGAGCCGGCAGAGACGUUGCGUUUCGCAGUGGCGAUGAACAUGGGCGGAGAGAGGCGGAAUCCUUGCUGGAGCGAAGUUUGGCAACUCUGCAUACAACUGUGACCUCGGCCUCAUUCUUUGCCGCGGCCUCGUUCCAUUUCUCAUCCACGACGCUGGCAUCGGUUGCGAAUUUCUCGCAGGCUCUGCUAUCAACUCUCGAUGCGAUCCUUGGAUCUACCGAGUCGUCUAGGGCUAUCGCGGCUAUUAUCACUCUCAUCCGACGCGAGUUCCGCUCCGUCGAUGCCGGCGCUAGCAGCGAGAAGAUUGGCGUUGGAGACCUGUUCCUUGGCUCUGUUGGAUUUGCUUUGCUACAACGCUGGGGAAAGAAGAACACCGAACGUACUCUUCGCCAGAAAGGUGGCGACGAAGUAGUUUGGGAUACCGUGAUCUUGGACAGCGGUCUCAGAGCCGACGUUGUGGGCACGCAUCAAGUACAAUUCCCAGAUGGAAACCAGGAGGAACUGGUUGAGCCGGAAAGCGCAUCUUUCGUGAUGCCGGGUCAUGGCGAUGAAUCCUUUGAUGCAGUUCAUCGACGACCAAGUAUUCCAGAAGCCUUUCCCGGGUCUCGACUUUCGUUCCAAUUGGAUGGUCAACAACAAGUAUCAGAUGAAGACAUUCGGUCUUAUAUCAUGAGUCAAUUGCCUCCAGGUUGUCAUGCUACUAUCAAGUCGGAAGUCCUUACAGCACGCACAAUCACGGUGGACAUAUUCGACGACGAUAUCGCUGAAAUCGCUGCGCCUCCGGGUACGACGAUGAUCGAAGAGCGGUUUCAUCAUGAUCAUGAGUACAACGAUACAGCUGUGGCCGAGUACCAGCGACUUCCAAAACAUACAGUCGUGUUUCGGACCGCUUUCAACAAGUCGCAAAGCACAGAACUACGCCCUCGCGACGGUUCUCGUGUUCCCAGUCCGACGGAGACGCAACGCCCAAGACCUCUGCCUGUAAGCUCAGUAUCAAAUGGACAUGCUGGAGCCCAGAAUGGCCGAGCAAGUUCCCAUCCAGAAGCUGCAAGUGGAGUGACGAUGGCACGACAGGACCCUGUUAGUCCUGGGUCUACAAGCGAUCAAAGCCAGAAAUCUGGAUUCGGGAAAGGCUCGUUCACAAAGUUGGCUAAAAAGGUCAAAUCGAACGGGCCAACGGAUAGUUCUGAAAGCACUAAGCGUGCUCAGGUUAAGAAGCCGGCCCUAAAACCCGCAGGCUCGUCCAGUGCUCCAAAUCCACGCCAACCUACCAGACCAACCAAGGGCGCCGCCCCUGUCAGAGAAGCGACUGCGCGCGAGACAUCUAGCCAACCAGAGCCUAAGCGUCGACAUACCGACGCAGUUGACUAUCGACCCAGUACCCCGGCUCCGAAUAGAGGCUUGCGCAGGUCACCGUACCCUCACUCUCCCCAAUCCCCUCAAUCACCCAGAGCGCAUCCCCGACAUGUUCCACCUCGCAAUAUCCCUGAUCGGAGUAGCUCGCGAGCUGGAUACUUUGUCAUGCGUGAAAAGAGCCAAGAGUCCCUUUUGACUCACACGGAUACCUUUUCACGCCGCAAUGGCGACUUACGUCCCGGCUCGCCGGUCGCUGCGAGGACUCAUGUUCGCAGCAGUAGCUCCAUGUCUUUGACGAGGUCAGAGGCAGAUGGAACUGUCUCCGUGAAUGAUCACCGGCCCACCUCUUCGGCGCGACAUGGACGGUCCAAGUCAUACACUCCCAGUAUGUACUCGGUUGCAACGGCGGGCUCUGAAACGUCGCUCUUAUUAGCGCAUCGGCCUCGCAAAAGUGCAUAUGAAGAUAUGAGUACCAUCCAAGCAUUGAACCGGGACGGUCUAGUCCCGGGCAUCUUCCCCGAGAGACACUUUGUUCAAAAUAUCCGUCGUUUCUGUCGCUUCUCGUCUGCCUCUUAUGGGGCUAACGCACUCAAAGUCAUGGGUGUGCCCAAGGGCACGAAGAGUCUUCCUGCAGCUGUGUUAGAUGACCAUGAACACAGCGCGUUCUCGGAUCAUGCUGGGCUUCCGCCAUCGACCAUCUUACUCUCCUCGUUCGUUGACCCUGCAGGAGGUACGAAUGCCGCUGGUGAGACGGAGUCCGGAGUCCCACUCGUGCACUAUCUCUCCAUCGACCACGAGUCCAAGGCAGUCGUUCUGACACUUCGCGGAACCUGGGGUUUCGAGGAUAUCCUCACUGAUAUGACCUGUGACUACGAUGAUCUAGAAUGGCAAGGCAAGAAUUGGAAGGUGCACAAGGGCAUGCACGCCUCGGCCAAGAGACUACUCGAAGGUGGCGGCGGUCGAGUGAUGAUUACUCUGCGCGCCGCGCUGGAGGAAUUUCAAGAUUACGGCGUCGUCCUCUGCGGUCACUCCCUCGGUGGUGGUGUUGCAGCCUUGCUAGCAACUAUGAUCGCCGAACCCAGCAGUGCUCUCACAGGCACAUCCUUCGUGACAGCAUCCUAUCAACCACGUCCCCAGCCGCGCCUCAUCACCGUCGACAGCGAAACCAGUAACAACGCCUCACCCUCUCCAACAGAAACACCACCACCAUCCUACGAUCUACCCCCAGGCCGCCCAAUCCACGUCUACGCCUACGGCCCCCCAGCCGUAAUGUCCCCCUUCCUCCGCCUCGCCACACGAGGCCUAAUAACAACCAUCGUCAACGGCUCCGACAUCGUCCCCAGCCUCUCCCUCGGCAUCCUGCACGACAUGCACACCGCCGCCACCCUCUUCAAAAGCGAUAUCUCCGGCGCAAAAUCCCACGUCCGCCAACGCCUCCACGAAAGUCUCCGCCAAAGCAUCAUCCACAAAUUCUACGUCAACCAACCCCCGCACGUCCUCCACGCGGGUGACGGCGUCGGCGAGGACGCCUGGGCGUGGAAAACGCUCGGCCUGCUACGUGACGAGAUGCGGGCGCCGAAACUUAUGCCGCCCGGUGAGGUGUUUGUCGUUGAGACUAUGCGCGUUUUGCAGCGGGAGGCGUUUACGGCUGUGCCGGAGUUUGGCGCGGAUGGGUAUCCCAGGCUUGGGAGGCCGGCGACGAGGGUGCAGAUGAGAUUUGUUAGGGAUGUGGAUGCUUUCUUUGGGGAGUUGAGGUUUGCGUCGGGCAUGUUGAGUGAUCAUAAUCCGGCGAGGUAUGAGACUAGUUUGGCGGCUUUAGCGAGGGGGGUGCUUGAUGAGUGA